AUGUCGGGAGCAGGAGCUAAACCAGAUGAGCCACAGCCUCACCCUCCAAAGGAUCAGCUUCCCAAUAUUUCUUACUGCAUUACUAGUCCUCCUCCAUGGCCUGAGGCCAUACUUCUUGGUUUUCAACAUUUUCUCGUGAUGCUUGGCACAACUGUGCUGAUUCCCACUGCUCUUGUUCCUCAGAUGGGAGGUGGUAAUGAUGAGAAGGCAAGAGUUAUUGAAACACUACUUUUUGUAGCUGGUAUUAACACAUUGUUGCAAACAAUGUUUGGAACUCGACUGCCUGCGGUGAUAGGAGGGUCUUACACCUUUGUUCCAACCACAAUCUCAAUUAUUCUUGCUGGCCGAUUCAGUGGUGAACCAGAUCCUAUAGAGAAAUUCAAGAGGAUAAUGAGGUCAAUCCAGGGUGCUCUUAUUGUUGCUUCAACUCUUCAAAUAGUACUGGGCUUCAGUGGUCUCUGGCGUAAUGUUGCGAGGUUCUUAAGUCCACUUUCAUCAGUUCCUCUGGUAUCUCUUGUUGGUUUUGGGCUGUAUGAGUUAGGGUUCCCUGGGGUUGCUAAAUGUAUAGAGAUUGGACUGCCUCAGCUUGUAUUACUCAUAUUUGUUUCACAGUAUGUGCCCCAUGUGCUACAUUCGGGGAAAAAUAUUUUCGACCGUUUUGCAGUGAUAUUUACGGUUGUAAUUGUUUGGAUAUAUGCUCAUCUACUUACCGUUGGAGGGGCCUACAAUGAUGCUCCACCUAAAACUCAGACAUCAUGCCGCACUGAUCGUGCUGGGCUUAUAGAUGCUGCUCCUUGGAUAAGAAUUCCAUAUCCCUUUCAAUGGGGAGCACCUUCAUUUGAUGCAGGUGAAGCGUUUGCCAUGAUGAUGGCAUCUUUUGUUGCACUUGUAGAGUCCAGUGGGGCUUUCAUUGCUGUAUAUAGGUAUGCAAGUGCAACACCAUUACCACCAUCAAUUCUCAGCAGGGGUAUUGGUUGGCAGGGAGUUGGCAUUCUGUUAUCAGGAUUGUUUGGAACAGUCAAUGGAUCCUCUGUGUCCGUAGAAAAUGCAGGUCUUUUGGCUCUGACACGAGUAGGAAGUAGAAGAGUAGUGCAAAUAUCUGCUGGAUUUAUGAUUUUCUUUUCAAUUCUUGGAAAAUUUGGAGCAGUUUUUGCCUCCAUCCCACCUCCCAUUAUUGCUGCUCUCUACUGCUUGUUCUUUGCUUAUGUUGGCGCUGGUGGUCUUAGUUUUCUUCAGUUCUGCAACCUCAACAGUUUUAGAACAAAGUUCAUUUUAGGGUUCUCAAUCUUCAUGGGCUUGUCUGUGCCACAGUACUUCAAUGAGUACACAGCCAUUAAUGGUUUUGGUCCAGUCCACACAGGCGCAAGAUGGUUCAAUGAUAUAAUCAACGUGCCAUUCCAAUCAAAACCAUUUGUUGCGGGUGUUGUGGCAUAUUUUCUAGACAACACUUUAUUUAAGAGAGAAGCUGCCAUUAGGAAGGACAGAGGGAAACAUUGGUGGGACAAGUACAAGUCCUUCAAGGGUGACACAAGAAGUGAGGAGUUCUAUUCACUUCCUUUCAAUCUAAACAAGUACUUUCCCUCUGUUUAA